AUGUGGAAUGGGGCCACUAGAUGGAUAUUGUUUGAAGCAUUUUGGGCAGCAGGUAAUCCGAAUGAUAUCAAUGUCAAGUCCAGCUUGAACAUAGAUGGUGCAGAUAUCAGAAGGAAUAUCAAGAUUCCGAAGUGGUUCAAGUACUACUCCAGCAGACUGCAGAGCAACAUGGAGAAGUUGCAGGAUGACAGCACGUCCGGUGAGCGUGCCUUUGACUUUGCCCCCGGUGUCAUGCAGCAGGGCCCAGGGCUCGAUAGCGACCGACUCCCGCACCUCAGCACCUCUCCUCCUCCCCCUACCAGUCUCCCCCGUUAUCCCCUCAAAUUGCGUCCGCUUGGGCGCGUUUUGACGCGUCUCAUUGGCUCCCUCAGCACACAUAUCCAUGGGGAGGCCCUCAACGCGUCCAGUGGUCAUGUGGGCCCCCAACCAGCUGACUCUGCCCAUCCAGGGGGACAUGGCAAAAGAGAUGCCAUAUCUUGCUCUAGACGUCCGCUCAAACGCCUAAGCCAUUCGCCGUUGUUUGCCCUCCCUGCAGGCGCUGCAGUGGUGCCAAACCACCACGAGGUGGGGAGAUCAUAUCUCGGUGAGUUCUUCACCUUAUAUCCUGUUCUUGGGCUCGUUCUUACUCGCCUAUGGCUCCACAACAUGGGCCCACCGCUUGCGAACAGGCCGCUUGCGAAUCGUCCUCCCCAACGACGAGAUACUGCCUCAUGGUGCCCUUCAGGAGGAGGGAGCAUAUCUCAUGCGUACCGGCUGGCUGCGAGUCGAGGGCCCCUCAUCGAGAUACUUCCCCCAGAGACCCCUCAGGAGAGGGUGUCAUAUCUCAGACAUGGACACACUGUCCCUCUGCGAAUCGCUUGCGGAUCCAUUCCCUCAGCAUCGAAAUACUUCCCCAUCUCCCCCCCUCCCCUCUAG